UUUGGAUUUGGUCCUCUCUCCAGUUGCCCUAGUCUCCAACUCUCCCAGACUCCCACUCGGCCACUCCCAGCCCUCCCCCGAAUCCCGAUCCCCUUCCCCACACGCCGCGCCGCCGGCCGUGAAGCCCGUCCGCACGCCCUAGUCUCCCAGACUUCCACUCGGCCACUCCCUUCGCCCACACGCCGCGCCGCCGGCCGUGAAGCCCGUCCGCCGAGCACCACCACCCCUUCCCCCUUCGCCUCCUUCUCCUUCCCUCCCUCACUUCCCCCAAAAUUGCCCCCCCCCCCCCCCCCCCCUCUCUCACUGCCGUGAGCCGCUCGGCGCCAACAGAGCCGCCACCCGUCACCACCGUCUCCCCACCCCUCUUCAGUCUUCCUUUCGCCACAGUUCACUCGAGCCCCCGACCACCCCACCUCCCCGACUCCACCGACCACUAUAACAGCCGCCUCCGCCCGAGCAAACCCUAACCCUAGCACGCGCGCAGAGCUUCUUCGGCGCAGUGGGUGAGCCUCCGCUUCUUACUCCCUCCACUCCCAACAAAAUCUAUAAUUUCUGGAGCCAACCCUCCCGGAUGGGCAAGUUGGGCCCGGCUUGACCCCCAACCCCCCCACCCCACCCCACCCCACCCCACCCCACCCCACCAACCUAGAGUUGCGCCGCUUCUUAAACCGGAGCCUUAGGUUCUUUCCGAGAGCCACCCAGCUCCAUCCUUUGUCGCCUCCGUUGUUCUCCAGCAGCCAAUCCGAAUCGUUCAGAUUUGCAGCAUGGUUGAGCUUCUUUUCGAGGAUAUCUUCACGCUGACCAGGCUCGACCCAGAUGGUAAAAAAUUUGAUAAAGUGACCCGAAUUGAAGCACGCAGCGAGCAGUUCGAUAUGUCCAUGCAGCUAGAUGUCAAUACUGAAGUUUAUCCACUUCAUGUCGGAGACAAAUUCACAAUGGUUCUAGCUCCAACUCUGAGUCUGGAUGGAACUCCUGACAGUGGCUACUAUACGCAGGGACAGCGAAAGUCGCUUGCGGAUAAGUUUGAGUAUGUUAUGCAUGGAAAACUAUAUAAGAUCUCAGAGGAGAGUUCUGGACCAAAUGUGAAAGUGGAGCUAUAUGCUUCAUUUGGUGGGCUUCUGAUGAUGCUCAAGGGGGAUCCCUCUAAUGCGACCAACUUUGAGUUGGAUCAAAGGUUGUUUCUGCUGAUGAGGAAAGUGUGAAGCCAUAGUUAUGCAGUGCCAGAGCAAGUAACUCAGUUAAAAACUCAUCUUGUUCGCAAACUAGUUGAUCUCUUUAAUACUUGGGGCCGUGAAGGUUAUAUGAAGACCGGUAUUGCAGGAGCAGAUUUGGAGUAUAUCUGCAGCUUGUGUUUGUUUACAAUAUAAUGUCUACGAGCAUUGUUUUUAUCCUUGGACAGCUGAACACCAAAUUGCGCAAAACAUAUCUAUGGUUGGUGUUUAAAUUGUUCACACUAUAAGAAAGCCAAACAUUUCAUCCGUGGGAGAACUUUAACAUCUUUAUAUCUAAGAUAUGCAUGCUUAAAAUA